AUGGUCUACACAGUAAAAUGGGGGAUAUUGGCAUGCGGAGGCAUUGCUGAACAGUUUAGUGUUGAUCUUUUGACCGACCCUCACACGAGGAAUGUUCACGAUGUUAAACAUGAAAUCGCUGCUGUCGCCUCGUCCACUUCAGUCGAAAAAGCCCGUUCAUUUAUUAAACGAAUUAAUGGACCACCCACGAUUAAGCCCUAUGGGUCAUAUGAGGAGCUAGCGGCAGAUCCAGACGUUGACAUUAUCUAUGUGGCUACGCCUCAUGCCUACCAUUAUGCGAACACCAAGCUAGCUCUAGAACACGGCAAGCCAGUCUUGUGCGAAAAACCGUUUACCAUCAACGCUACCCAAGCCAAGAAACUGUUUGAGCUUGCUGAGAGUAAAAAUUUGUUUCUGAUGGAGGCGGUCUGGACGAGGUUUUUCCCAUUGGUGUACGAACUCCAGCGGCUCUUGUUUGAGGAAAAGAUUUUGGGCAAGGUGCAGCGGGUUUUUGCAGAUGCUUCUGUACCCUUUGGUUUGAACGACCUUCCCGAGACGCAUCGAAUGCUCAAUCCCGACUUAGGCGGAGGAGCGCUACUCGACCUGGGUAUUUAUGCAUUGACAUGGAUAUUUAUAACUUGUUUUGAAGACCCGGAUAAUGAAGGGCAGCUCCCCAUUGUCACAUCGGGAAUGUUAAAGACUAAGACGACUAACGUGGAUGAGUCUACCAAUAUCUCUUUGAUAUUCCCUGCCUCGCAUGUUGCGGCCGUCGCCACGACCAAUAUGGUGGUCAAGACGGAUCCGGAUCGUGUUUGUUUGAUUCAAGGUGAGAAGGGCAAUAUUGCUGUUCAUUGGCCACCGUUCCACCCUGAUUCGUUUGAGAUAAAUCUCUAUCCGGACGGAACGAAGGAAGAAGACAAGAUGACGACCAAACUACUGCCACCAAAAUUGGUUAACCUUCCAAGUCCGGGGAAGGGUAUGUUUUGGGAAGCGGACGAAUGCGCCCGCUGCCUGCGCGAUGGCAAGAUCGAAAGCAGCAGAGUACCACACAGCUACACCCUAAUUGUCAUGGAAUUAAUGGACAAAGUAAGGAAGGACAAUGAAUUAUCGUACUCGGCAGCUGUUGAAGCAGCUGAUUAA